GCUUCCCACCUCACAAGUCCGCGUUGCUGUGUGCUGAGUGGUGGUAGUUGCUUUUUCCGUCGUCUUUUCUUGUGAAAAAUUUGGUGAACUUUCCCGAUUUUCCGCUCGGUGGUAGCCAUCUAGGCCUCAGUAGAUGACGGAAGCGGUUUAUUUGUUAAGGACCACCGUUCUACAGAGUUAAGUGGACGAAAUUUGUCUGCAGAUCGAAAGUAAGAGGAAGGUGAUAAAGAAGUAGAAAUAACGGAAGAAGAGCGAGUGUGAGGAUAUAUCGCGAGAGUGAAAAAAGUUAAUUCCUACAAAAUGUCGGACCCAGACGCAUUAAACAUCGAUCAUCUGAUUGCUAUGCUUUUGGAAGUUCGUGGUGCAAGGCCAGGAAAAAAUGUUCAAUUAUCGGAAAAUGAAAUUCGUGGCUUAUGUUUGAAAUCCCGGGAAAUUUUCUUGUCACAACCAAUUCUUUUGGAAUUGGAGGCGCCAUUGAAAAUAUGUGGUGACAUCCAUGGUCAGUAUUAUGAUCUUCUGCGUCUAUUUGAAUACGGUGGUUUCCCACCAGAAUCAAAUUACCUCUUCCUGGGAGACUAUGUUGAUAGAGGAAAACAAUCGCUCGAAACCAUAUGCUUACUGCUUGCCUACAAAAUAAAAUAUCCCGAGAACUUCUUCUUGCUUAGAGGGAACCAUGAGUGCGCCAGCAUCAACAGAAUAUAUGGGUUCUAUGAUGAAUGUAAGCGACGUUACAACAUCAAGAUGUGGAAAACGUUUACCGAUUGCUUCAACUGCUUACCGGUGGCAGCAAUCGUGGACGAAAAAAUUUUCUGUUGCCACGGUGGGUUAAGCCCUGACCUCCAAUCGAUGGAACAGAUUCGUCGCAUCAUGAGACCAACGGACGUGCCUGAUCAGGGAUUGCUUUGUGAUCUCCUAUGGUCUGAUCCGGACAAGGAUACCAAUGGUUAUGGCGAGAAUGAUCGUGGUGUUAGUUUCACGUUUGGAGUCGAUAUUGUUGGUAAAUUUUUAUCUAAACAUGACUUUGAUUUGAUAUGCCGGGCUCAUCAAGUGGUUGAAGAUGGAUACGAAUUUUUCGCCAAACGUCAACUGGUAACGCUUUUCUCUGCACCCAACUAUUGUGGCGAAUUCGAUAAUGCUGGAGCGAUGAUGUCGGUGGACGAUACGCUGAUGUGUUCUUUCCAGAUCCUGAAACCAGCUGAUAAACGUGGUUUUCAAAAACUGGCAAAAAACAGCAAAUUUUAAAGGCAAAUGGUCGAAGAUUUUACGUUUGCUCCGAAUGUGAGUAUUCCAUUUAUUUUACCAAGUUUUUUUCGGUUUGUGUUUUUAGUUUCCCCUUUUAGUGUUUCUUGUAGCUCUUUGUUUAUGUUGUUUCUUUCCGUGGCGCACCUGGAUUAAUACUUUUGUAUCUUAAUUCUGAGUAAGGUCCAACUGCUGAUGUUCAUCAAAGUAUUAUCAUCAUGUUCAUUUCUCGUAAAAGUUCUACAUUUCGAUUGAAUUACUUGUCUAUGAUAAUUGAUUGUAUGAGAAUAAGAAGGCUUGCGCUAUCCUUUAAAAAAUAAAAUUUCGGUAUUGGACUCAACAUCGAACGGCGUGCGAAGUAGAAAAGAAUAUUCGUAUUCUGCCUGCUUCGUAAAAAAUGUUACAAAUGUGCUAAACAAUUGCACAUAAUUCAUAACGUUGAAAAGAACGGCAAUUUAAGAUGGAAAGUGCGGCAUUUGCAAUGAAAACAUCUUUAUCAUCAUCUUCCAAUUUAUUAAUAACAUCUAAAUCAUUUUUAGUAUCAUUAGUUUGUGGUUCUAUCCUUGUUCCUGCGUAUGCAAAAACAAAAUUAAAUAAAUAACAAUAUUUUUAAAACGCAUAGCAUCUGUGUGCAAACGAAUAGCAAUGAAAGUCGACGUAUCUGGCCAAUAUAGUCACAUUUUUAGAAAGGAAUAGCUGUCGCGUGUAAAUAGCCUCGUGAAAACCGCAAUUAGCAUCUGUAGUCUGUGUAGUGUAGUUUUGGGCGAUUUGAAAUCACCGCAAUUUUCGCUUUGUUUGGAUGGAGCCACUGGCGUCGGUAGUACUUCACGACUUUUUCUUUUCUUUUGGAAAGCUCGUAAACGCUUAAGCCUUAAUAGCUUUGGAGUAGCUCUAGCUCCCCCUUAUUUGAAGUGAUUAUCUGUAUAGUCAUUUCACAAGUGACGUGACAAUUUGAUUUGGUAUUAUAAUAGGCGACAUGUAAAUCAAAUAGAUUCUCGCUUUACCCAAUUUAAUCCUCAGAAUAGCGACGCGUCAUAUGCCGCGCUAAAAAAAACUUGAAUACAUUUUUGGGCCAGCGUAAAGCUCAAGUGAGAACAUGUGAAGCGAUUAAUAAGAUACCAUUGCUAUUAUUUUGCACACGUGUAUGUAUUUCUUUUAAAUGCUUAUUAUAUCAGGGGCUCAGUGGUUGAAAGACCUAUAUCCUUUAUGAUUAAUUAGAAAAAGAUAGCAUGUCUGAAGUUUCAUUUCAUCAUUUGAUUUCUAGCAGGAGGUUAUUUUUGGCAGAACUAACUAUAAAUUGAUUGAAGAAAACGAUGACACGAGUGUCACACACGAAUCAUUCACGGUGACAUGAGUCCUGAACAGCAAUGGAGUCUCACUUUACCAUAGCCGUGAUCAUGACAUUAGUUUUUGUGAAAUUGGUAGAUUCUUUCACUGAGCCCUUUAUAUAUCUUGCCAUUAUUAGAUAAUCAGCAAUUGUAAAAUGCCACUAAUCGACACAUAAAUAAUCAUCAGUUAUUGUACUGCAAUGACAUAAAAAGGAAGGUUACGCAGAAUUAUACAAUAUACACGCUGUAAUCCGAUUGAUCGAAUAAUAUCUGCGUCACCUCAUCGCCAAGCACACGGUAUACUGCGCUCUUGGAUAACGAAUUUAGACAAACCAGUUUUUUGUAUAGGUACAAAUUUAGUAAAAUAGUUUUUUUUUCGUUGAUAGAUCUGAAGCAACGUAACACUGGAAUAAUCGGUUAUGAUAAUUUGAUUUCACGCAUUUUACACUUUUUGUAGUAACAGCACGAGUGUUGCGAAAGACAAAUGAGCAAAAACUAGCCUAAUUUCAAUAAAUGAAAACACAAAUGCAUAAGGAGCUAGUUUUGAUUCGUUUCCGUUAAGUGCAGUACAUCGUGAUACAAGAAACGACUUAUCUUUUUAUGUAUAUGUUUUCCAUUAAAAACGAUCAUUUGUACCAAUUACUGUUUCACUGAAAAUAACGAAACCAAUAGUUGAAAAUUGGUGAAAAUUCCACAUAAUCAUGAAAAUCACUCAAUAACUGAUUGUCAUGGCACUUUGUGCAGCCGCAAGCCUAGACCAACUAUGACGACCACCACUACGAGUUAUACAACUACUAGCAUUGACGAACAGACCUCUGUAGUAGGAAAAGAAGUACAGCCAUAGCAGAAGGAUAUUUUGCCAGAAUAAGGACUCGUGAUCAUCGCCAGACUCAACACCCACAGCUUAUAAAGACGGAUACAUCAGGCGUUGGAUCAUGUUGAAUACUAUUAUAAGUUUAUGUGGAAGUUACCUUUUUAUAACAUCCAUAAGAUUUAUAUCAGUAUUAUUUUUGUCCUAAGGAUGAUGACGCAUAUAUUCUCAAACGAUAAAAUAGUCUUCAUCACUUCGAAUGACCCAGAUUGCAGCAGCAAAAGUGGAAGCAACAGUGUUUCUAGUUAUGUAUUUUGAUUACAUUCGCUUCCGAAAUCUGUUACUUUCUCUUCGGCUGCAAGCAUUCGUAUGAAGACAACAACUAGAUCCAACUGCAAAAAACGUUAUAAAAAAGAAGAAAGAAAUGAAGAAAUGAUUGGCGGAAUUGGAAAGUAAAUUUGAAAUUUGCAUUGAACACGAUUCACUUUUCUAAACAACCAACAAUGAACACACACACACACAC